AAUUUAAUUUAAAUUUAUUGUAAAUAAUACUUGUUGCGGCCAAAGAUUUUUUAAAAGUGAAAAAAAUAUAGGGCUUAAAUGUUAGCUAAGUUUUUAUUAAUGUAGCAUUUUAGUUAAUGACAACACAUCGAGUCGCUGAAUUUUUAAAUUUAAUUUUCCGGCUAACAAAAUAUUAAUUGAAUUUUAUCUUCUUUACUUCUUUGCCUAAUGCUGUGCCAGAGAGCACUGUAUAGUGUAGUAGAGCCGAAAUUGUCUUGUGGCUUGAAGUGUGCGAAUCUGCCAGUCGCAGCGAUCAACGCACCUCCUAUGAUUUCCUGAAGCCUUGUGAACUUGCCGGCCAGAAGUAGAGGUUUUCCAAACCCUGCCCCAGCAGCCGGGAAGAUGAAGAACACGACAAUGAUGGCAGACGACGACGACCAUGUUGAGGCGGGGCCAAGUACUUUGCCAGAAUCGGCAAAGUCAUGCUCACCGAAAGUGGCCCGAAAAUUCGGCACUGAAAACUGCACAGAGGAAAAUAACAAGGAAGGAUUUGCAACUCAGAGUAGCGGCUUCUCUGCUGAAGUUGCCAAAAAUUCUAAGCCUGCAGCUGACCCCAUCAGAAUUGAAUCUUCAUCCCGCGCUUCAAAAAAAUCAUCCUUGUGGCAAGCGCUGAUGACCCUACUAUUGCUGAUCGUGGCUCUCGUCCAUUUGAUCAUCCCGGUUUACCAGGAGGCGGGCAUCUACACUGUGCUCAUCUACACCAUCAGGCUGCUCUGGGCAAUUGCGAGAGUGAUUUUUCCCAGGUUGGAGGCGCUUUGGAAAAAGUUCCAGAAAUAUCUCGGCAGCUUGAUCGGCAGCUUGGUCCUCUGCUUCUUUGCGGGCCAACAGAGUGGCACAGACGACCUUUGCAAAUCAGUGGUUCGAGUGGUUCUGCGCUGCUGCAAGAUUCUGUUUUUCAUAUCGUCGUGUGUUUUCAUCGCUUGGCGGUACUGGACAAACCCAGACAUCCUUUGUGUGCAGAACCUGAUCACCACCUUCGCUAGACUUUCAUACAUCUUGCUUCACGAUUUGAUAGAGUUGCCAUUCACCGCAGAACUGAAUGAAUUUUUGGAGAACAAAUUCAAGGAAAACUUUGACAUUGUCGCUCAGCAUUGGAAAACUUCAGAGCAAGUCAACAUUGAUGAAGGGAUGACGAGGCCCAGCGACGGCAUUUUGCCUUCACAUCAUCCCAUUGAAGGACAACCACUCAAACAUGAAGCAUAAUUAUGAUAAUUAUUAUGACUAGGGCUGAGCGUGUUAGUCACUCCAUAAUAAACAAUAA